CAGAGUUCUUCUAUGCAGCCUGAUCCCAAGGAGACAAUGAUGGCCAGUCAGUCUCAGGGAAUUCAGCAACUCUUACAGGCAGAAAAACGAGCUAAAGAUAAGCUGGAUGAAGCCAAAAAGAGAAAAGGUAAAAGGCUAAAACAAGCGAAAGAAGAAGCAAUGGCUGAAAUAAAUCAAUUUAGAAUGCAGAAAGAAAAGGAAUUUCAGGAAAAACAAUCUUUGAUAAUGGGUUCCCAAAGCAACCUCUCCAAUGAAAUAGAUGAACAGACAGUAGGAAAGAUUCAGAACCUCACUGGUAACUACAAUGAGAGCUUGGAAAAUGUGAUGAAGCAGCUCCUGAGCAUGGUUUGUGACCUGAAUCCUGAAAUUAAUAAGAACUACAGAUUCACAGAUUAAACAUUAUUCAGAUUAAUUAAUAAAUAAUAUAUGUAUA